CACGGAGCGUGGCCAAGCCCACAGACGGAGCGCUUCCGGUAGGGGAGGUUAAUCCUCAUCCCUGCGCUGCUAAUGCAAUCAGGGAGGCGCUGCAGCAGCAGCCCGAAGCGACGGCUCGCAGGAGAAACGCGUUUCCGAGGCAACCAUCAGAAGCCCCGAGCAGCGCGGCCGCCGUCCGGACGCGCUCGGGUAGGACGCACGGCGACGGGUGUUGUGCGGCUCCGCUUUUAGCGCCCCCCCCCCGCCGCCUCCUCCUCCUCCUCCGCCUCCUCCUCCCCAGCUGGCUCCGAGAAUCCGCUUCAAGGACGCGCUCCGCCGAUACCGGCGGCGAGACGACGCGCCGUUUCCCCGGCGCCAUGGUGACGUAUGCGGCGAUCCUGACUUGUGCCGUGGCGGCGGCGGCGGCGGCCUGGGGGGUCCGCGCCGAGCCCCCGACUCUGCCCCCCAGCCCGACGCGGCUCAACGCCACGGCGUCCGUCCUGGAAGGCGAGGCGGCGCACAACGGCACCGACGCCGCCGAGUCGCGCGUCUCCUCUCUGCUGACGUACCUGCCCGCUCUCAAGAACGUCGUCUUCGCCAUCUGCGUGCUCACGGCUGUCCUCGUCACGUGCCUGGUCGUCAAAAUAAUCAGAUCCGGGCGACGAAUUAGAAAAACACGAAAAUAUGACAUCAUCACUACUCCAGCAGAGCGCGUCGAGAUGGCCCCUCUCAACGAGGAGAACGACGACGAGGACGACUCGACCCUGUUCGACGUCAAGUACAGGUGAACGCCGGCGAGGACCACAUUAUCUGAUGACAGCUUUUUAAACCUGCACAACGGAAAUGAUUUUCUAAUCAUACACCACUGCUGUGUGUGUGUGUGUGUGUGUGUGUGUGUGGGUUGCCAAGUCUUACCAAAUCAGCCACUUUCUCGUGAUGCUUGCACAUGGCUUUUAGCUUUGUUUAAAGGGUGUGAGCAGUUCACAUGCAGAUUUUUUUUCUUUUCUUUUUUUUUUUUUUUUGCCUCAAAUUGAUUCCUUGACUGUUCAUUAAGAAAUACCUAUUUUCACUUCUUCUUUUUUUUAAAUUAUUGUAAUUUAUAUCUCACUGUUACACUGAAGCUAAAGGAUUGCUGUUUCUUAGGGGAAGUCUUUAUAGUCACUGCCUGCUGCGAGGCUACCAUCUGCACACAGUGUAAUGAUCAUCUCCAAUGCCGGGAUCAUCCCGAGAGCGUCAUUGGUUCAUAUGUAUGUUUGCACACUGUUAUUGCUAUGCAUCUGAUGAUAUGACUGAUAUUUUUUCAACCGUAUACUUUUUCUGUACUACUAAUUAUUUUCAAUUGACAAACCAACCCCUUCUUUGUACAUAUUGACUAUUUGAGGUUUUCCUUCCUUGUUGGAUGGAGUACGUGUACGUUUCUUUUCACCGUGUGGCGUUGCAGAGACUCCAAUGUUGCUGCUAUAUCGGCUGUUUUCCUUUUUUUAAAGGGGUCCACUGUUCACGUUGGGAGUCGGAGGCUGCAGGAAUGUCAGGCUUUAAUCCUUCUUGGCGAUCGUUUUAUCAGAAAACUGAAUCUGGCAAGUCAUUUUUUUUUUUUU